CCCGGUUUAGCCGCCUGGCCGCGCAGCAGGGCGGUGGGGACGGGCGUAGAGAGAGGACGCGGGGCGGAGCUGGCGGGGGCGGGGGGAGGAAAGAGCGCUUCCCAGCCCGGCUCAAAUUCCUGAAGAAGGAGGAAAAAGCAGCCCAGGUCCCUUCUCUGCGGCUUUUCCCUUCUGGUCCCAGCCGGCUGCGCUCGCGUCCCGCGCCAGGAGCAGCAUGAUUUGGAAAAGUCUGUCCGUCCUUGCCCUUGUGGCCAUCGCCCGGCUGCACGCUGAGGAAGAGCCAAAAAGCAAAUCCAAAAUCUGUGCCAACGUUUUCUGUGGAGCCGGGCGGGAGUGCGCCGUGACAGAGAAGGGGGAGCCCACCUGCCUCUGCAUCGAGCAAUGCAAACCUCACAAGAGGCCCGUGUGCGGCAGCAAUGGCAAGACGUACCUGAACCACUGCGAGCUGCACCGGGAUGCCUGUCUCACUGGCUCCAAGAUCCAGGUGGACUAUGAUGGCCACUGUAAAGAGAAGAAGUCUGAGAAUUCAGCUGCAAGCCCAGUUGUNUGCUACCAGUCUGACAGGGACAAGCUCCGGCGCCGCAUUAUCCAGUGGCUCGAGGCCGAGAUCAUCCCAGAUGGCUGGUUCUCAAAGGGCAGCAACUACAGCGAAGUCCUGGACAAGUAUUUCAAGAGCUUUGAUGGAGGGGAUUCUCGCCUGGACUCCAAUGAGUUCCUGAAGUUUGUGGAACAGAAUGAAACUGCCAUCAACAUCACUACCUAUGUGGACCAGGAGACCAACAAGCUACUCAGGGGACUCUGUGUGGAUGCCCUCAUUGAGCUAUCUGAUGAGAAUGCUGACUGGAAACUCAGCUUCAAUGAGUUCCUCAAGUGCCUCAACCCAUCCUUCAAUCCACCAGAGAAAAAAUGUGCCCUUGAAGAUGAAACCUAUGAGGAUGGAGCUGAGACCCAAGUGGAGUGUAACCGCUGUGUCUGUGCCUGUGGGAACUGGGUGUGCACUGCCAUGAUCUGUGAGGGAAAGAACCAGAAAAUGCCUGUGGGGGGGCAGCAACCUGAGGAGGAGCUGACCGAGGAAGAGCUGGCCAGAUACGUUCAAGAACUGCAAAAGCAUCAGGAGACAGCUGAGAAGACCAAGCGAGGGAGCACCAAAGAGAUGUGAGGGGCCUCCUCGCUGGAGGAGCCCGGGGGACAGGCCAGAUUCGUUGCCCUGUCCUUCAGCAUCGAUCUCAAUAUGCACAAGUGUCUGCUACCCUCGCCCAGUCACAGAUAUUUACGUUGUUUAGCGAUGAAGUUUUUGUUUCGUUAUUAAUAAGAGAAGUGGGGGAGGGGAGCACAGCCCACGUGCUCGAGGGCGUCACUGCUGGGGGCUAGUGAGGGCAGGAGGGAAUUAUGACAGCCUCCAAGAUACCCCUCAUAGAGGCCAUCGUCUCCAUAGUCCAGGGCAAGGGUCCAUUGAGGCAGUGACAGGGGAUUUCUGUGCCAAAAGGAGAACCCUGGGGAAGAGGGAGAUGAAUGCUGGGAGUGGAGUGGAAGGGUUAACCUCCUGGGAAUCUUCCCAGUCCUAGGAUUUAGCGUACCCCUUCCAUGGCAGCAGGAACAUGUCAGGGACAGCUCUAUGAACUGAGCAUACGCCCUGAGGGCAAAAUCAGCCAGGGACGCAGCCUCACCUCAUCACAUUUGUCUUCCCUGUGCCUUUCUUCCUUUUCUCAGCCCUCUUCUCUCUUUUUUUGUUGUUUUCCCAUUCACCUGGCCCUGUCCUUCCCCCUCUAGGUACCAUGGGCCUCCUCUCGGGCAUCUCUCCUUGGACUAAUGGACUCUCUUGUUGGCUGCUAAGUGAGCUGUUUAGCAAGCUUCUCCCUUCCUUCAGCCAGCCAGUCAAUCCCUAGCCACUCCUCCAAUGUCUUGUGGACUCCAAAGUCACACUAAUCCCUUUGAUGUCCUCCUAGCCCCAUAUCUCUCCAGCCCUCCUCCCCAAGGUGCUACAUCACAGUACUCACAUGCUGACUCUUUUUUUCUUCUGUUUUCUAGGGUAGCAACUGAGCUUUUGUAUUUUUAGGCAGUAGCUUUAGCUCUUUCAAGAAAGCACAACCAUUACUAUUGAAAGUGCUGCAGUUCCUGUGCACGAUUUGUAUUUGCCUGCACGUGCAGUCAGUGCAACAACUUCUAAGCCCAAAGGUUCAGGACGCGGCUCAGUUUGGUGCUGCAGUGUCCCCUGUAAUAGAGAGAGACAGGAUUCAGUAUAGUAAAUAUAAAGGGGAUUCUUUACUGAGCCUGCUGGACAGACAGACCCUGUGGUUCUUUCUCUGACUCUGGUUUGCAGACUGUCACAGCCUGUGCUGCCAGAUUUUAUUGCACAAGGUCUCCCUAAAUCACAUGCGCCAUUCCAGGCAUGCAGUAAACAAGGGACAGAAGGAUUGUACCAAUAUUUAGUUUGCUAUCUCGCUAGCCUUUAAUAUAUCUGUCCCCAGCAACCUGGGGCAUAAGUGAUCAUCUCUCUUCCCUCUGUCCCAUUGGAGGACAUAUUGUCUUUGGCCUGUGUUCUGAGGUUCUGUGAUGAGGGAGCUGCCCAUGGCCCUGUGGCAGCCUGCCAGACCUCUGUGUGCAGGUCAGUCCAUCUGUGAUCAUUGUCAUUUCCCUUUCUGGAUCAUUUUCUUGUGGCCUCUUUUGUUUUCUCUGAACACUGGGCCUAGUUACAGCUGUGAUACCCUUUGAGGAAAUGGCAUUUUGUCAGUGGCCCCCUCCUCUCAAACCCAAUGGGUUCUCCUGUUAUAUGCAACUUUACUGCAUGCCUACACACAUACAUGCCCAUCUCCCUAUGCCAAUCAUGCCCCUGGUGCCCAUUCCAGCCCCUAUGCUUAGGCUGAGUCAAGAUGGUUCUAGCUUCAGUCUUCUCCCUUUGAAUGAGCAUCACCUGCAGACCCCAGUGAUUACUCAAGCAAAUCCCAUUGGGCUGAGUAAGGCCUCAAAACACUUUCUAGGCAGAGGAGAGGA